CCUCCAGUAGGGGGCAGUAAUGAAACACUUAAUAGAUGCAAGCUACCGUUUUCAAAUUCAACGAAGAGGAAGGAGGACUUUCACUCUUUAGCUCAGUUACACAACAAUUCUCUCUAAACACCCACGACUACAACAAGACUGUGAGAUGGUUUUGACACAUAGAUGACCUGCAGCCUGCAACGCUUAUGACCGACAGAGAGUCUCACAUUUAGCAGGUCUAAUUUGAGGUUCAACACACAGGGUGACCCAUGCUUUCUGAUGAGCUUGACUCCAAACCAGAGCUGCUGGUGCAGUUUGUGCAGAACGCGUCCAUCCCGUUGGUGCAGGGUCUGGAGGACUGUGACUCCAAACACUCCUGCCUUCCUCUGCUGACUCCAGCUGAGAGCUCGCUGUGCAGCCCGCUGGAGCUCACAGACGGAGGCCUGAGCCAUGAGCCUGAGAGUUCUCCCUCCCUGUCAGAGUUCGGAGGUGUGUCAGUGCGAAGCCCGUUAGUGGUCCAGACACACUCUCAUCCACGGGCCUCACCCAGCCCGCCACCCAUCCUCCAUGACCUACAACAGUCAGACAGCACUUCCUAUGUCCUACUGAACCUCGCAAAAGGCAUCACAGCCUCCUCAGAGUCCCUGAUCUUCGCCGCAGAUGGCGCCGGGGAGGAUGACGACGAGGGGGUCUCAUCAGGGGACUAUGGGAUAGAUGGCAGUGCUCCCUGGUAUCUGCGGGUACAGGAGCUGGCACACGACAGCCUGAUUGCCGCCACGCGGGCACAGCUUGCGAGAGAUGCUAAGGCCAGCCAGGACGCCAGAGCUGCAAGUGUCACUAACGGCGAUCACACACACAGUUUGACAGCAGAUGGGGACAAGCGAGAGCUGCCGUCUCGGACCAGCCGCCCCCUCUCCAAGCAGAUCCUCCGCUGCUCGUUCGAGGGUUGCUGCAGGACGUUCACCUGGCCGGCUCAUCUCAAAUACCACCUCAAAACACACAGGAACGACCGAAUGUUCAGGUGCGGCGCGGAGGGCUGCGGGAAGAGUUUCUACGUGCUGCAGAGGCUGCAGGUUCACAUGAGGACUCACAACGGCGAGAAGCCCUUCAUCUGCAAGGAGAAGAACUGUGGCAAGAAGUUCACCACGGCUGGAAAUUUGAAGAACCACAGACGCAUCCACACAGGAGAGAAGCCUUUUCUGUGCGAAGCAGAUGGUUGUGGGCGAUCCUUUGCAGAGUAUUCCAGUCUACGAAAACACAUGCUCGUACAUUCUGGUGAGAAGCCUCAUCACUGUGGGAUCUGUGGGAAGACGUUCUCUCAGUCUGGCAGCAGAAACGUCCACAUGAGGAAGAGACACGGAGAGGAGGGGCUCGGCAGUGAAAGCAGAGAAACGGGAGAGGCUCUUACACAAAGCAGCCUGCUGGAGGCGGACGGUGAAAACGGAGACGGUAUGGUCACCAUGACAACAACUGUUGAACCCAUGAAUCUUCACCACGCCAUGCUGAGAUCACCAGGCUCUGCAGACUCGGUGGUUGUUCUCUCUCAGCCACAUGAAUUGGUGACCAUGACGACCGAAGGCCAUGCAUAUGGAGAAGAUGUGGUGGCGCUGCUUUAGUCUGCCAUCAUGAAAAAAAAUGUCACACACUGCCUAUUUCCACAGCGCUAGACUGACAGUCUCAGUGGACUUAACGCAGACAUCUUUUUGUAAAUAGAUUAAUCGCUGACUUUCACCCCUGUAGAUAUUUGUAAUUAGCCACCGAUGAUGGUUUUAUUUUGACAAGCGAGAAACGGCAAAGUUUGUACAAACAACCUUUUUUCCUCAAGUUUUUGAAAACAAAUACUCCCAAAGAAAUACUGAGACGGGUUUGAAAAGUUUAUGAAAAUAUAAUGCAUUAUCAUUGUAAACAGCAGUGUGAGGUUGAAAUGAAGUGAUGAUAAUGAGUCCCACUUAUCUCUAAAUUUCUUCCAAUGGCUGAUAUGAUUGCCUGUCAAAUUUAAAUGUACCAUUAUGCUUAUUACUAACUACAAAAACCAGGACAAUAAAAACUACUGAAGCUCAGUACAUCAUGUUGCUGCAUGUAAACACUGGUCUUGCACAACCAGCCAGGCCACCCGGUUUAUCAGCCGGAGGAAAACAUCCAUCUCAAACAAAUUGUGUAUCUAGUAAUGCUCAAAACGGAGUGUUAUUGGUAACAUCUUUCACUCAAAUGUCAACCUCCAGUGCUUCACUUGUUCUUUGAGUAAGGCAACACAUUGCUCAUUUACAGCUCAAUAUAUUACACUUGAGAAUAAUUGCUUUUUAAAAAAAAAUUAAGAAUUACUCAUGGGGUUAGCUCUGCCCUCAUAAAACAAACUGCAACUGUCUGGGGCCGUAAGAUAAGGUAGUGCACAUUACCCGUGUUUGUUAUUGAGCACCACCUAAAUGAGCAGUGUUUGUUCCUCCCUUCUCCUCAGUGGAUCUUCAGGUUGUGGAAGUGGUCCAACGUGGCGCCCAAAGCCCAGCUUGCCUCCACGUUGUUCACUUUCUUGGUCAACUAGGAGGGGGAAAAAAACAAAACACCAAAUCACUCAAAUGCCUUUUGUAUUUAUUGAAAUAAAAAAAGUAACCAAA